CAGCUGUCAAGUGUCAACUGUUUGAAAAGUGACUCAUUCCGCAUUCGUACUUUGAACUUCUUGCACAGCUCUAAAAUUAGAAUUUGCUUGAGAUAGGUCCAGUUUUCGACUUAUUCCCGUUAGAAGAACACCCGAGAUGAGUUUACAGUGGACGUUAAUCGCCGGCUUCCUCUACUUCGAGGUCUUCAUCGUCUUAAUGCUGGUUCUGCCCGUGGCGAGCCCUAAGCGAUGGAGUGCCUUCUUCAAGUCCCGUUUCCUUCAAGGUAUACAGCAGCAGGCGGGCUUCUACUUCAUGAUGCUGCUCGCCAUCCUCGUCCUUUUCCUCCUGGACGCCAUUCGCGAGAUGAGGAAGUACUCGCACACGGAAGACGGCGACGGGGCCCACUCCCAUCAGCACUUGGACGCCGAAAUGCAGGGAAACAUGCGGCUGUUUCGCGCCCAACGCAACUUCUACAUCUCCGGCUUCGCCCUGUUUCUCUCCCUGGUCAUUCGCCGUCUAGUCAUACUGAUCACCUCCCAGGCGGCCCUUCUGGCGCAAUCGGAGGCGGCGCUUAAACAGGCGGAGGGCGCGUCGAAGGCCGCCCGCAACUUCAUGACCCAGCAGGGCGAAAUGGCGCAGAACGAAAGCAACGAGGCGCACGACGAGCACGUCUCCAACUUGAAGCGGCAAAUCGAGGAGCUCGAAGGCAAGCUCGCCGUGGAGAAGAAGGACAAGCUGGCGAUGAAGACUCAGGCCGAAAAUCUGAGCAAGCAGUACGACGAUCUCGCCGAGGAGCACAGCAAGCUGCAGAAGAAGGUGACGGCGAGCGGCGAGGGGGAGCACAAGAAGGACGAUUAAUUUCGUUUAGCUUUUAAGUUUUGUAUCUGUCAAUUGCUAAUUAGGAACGACUGAUUGUCCGCGAAUUACGUAAAAUUGUGGAACUUAUUGAAAGUUAAGUUUGUCGAUUGUAGCAUUUCUUGUAUUUAUUAAUAAAGCCUUGUUAAAAUAGA